GUUCGCACGCAUAUCGAGGGCACCUAACACGUCUCCUAGCAGCCCAUCAUGGUAACACUUGCAACCGUACAAACAAAAGCUGUGCAGUAAAGCGAACCGGAAGUUGCUGGCUUCACUUUGCAGUGUUCUGUCGGUGUGACCAGUUCGGUGUUUUUUUCGUUUUCGAGUGUCUCCAACAAGAUGUCCAACAAAGCGGCCGUUACGUUUGAGAAACCGCUGCAGCAUCUGAGUCUUGCCGACUGGCAUUCGCGUUUGACCCAGCUGAAGAAUGUGGCCUACACGCAGCGGUCGGAUGCGUUCGAGCUGCGCCACUCGGCACGCAACCUUCGGAACGAAACCCGCAUCCAGACGCACUGGGACACGUACCACAACAAUGACCGGCUGUCCGAUCGGGUGGCGGAGCUGGACCGUUGGCGGGAGAAGAUGCGCAUCAUGCUGCAGCGUGUGGUGGACGAAAUCCAAGCGCUGAAGGAGGAAAAGUCCAAUACCGAGCGUGACCUGGACGGGCACAUAACGCCGCUGACGGUGGUGACGGAGUGUAUCGGGAUGCGAGAUUGUCGGCUCGGGUCGGAGCUAACCUACGACGAUGGCGAUACGGAGCUGAAGAAUGAGCUGUGCAUUGUGGAGAACAACCAGCGGCUACUGCGCGACCAGAACCAGGCGGCCUGGGAGCAGCUGAAUCGGUUGCAGGAGGUCAAGUUCAAGCUGGAGCUCGAUCUGACCGAUAAGGAUGAGGCGCAGUCGAUCGAUUCGCACCAGCUGCAGGUGGACCAGCACUGUGGCGAUGUUUCGUUCAAGACGGAUCCGACGCGAGUCCCCAGGGACUCCUGCACGUACGGUAACUGGCUGGAGUACUGCGAGGAGCUUGUGGCGCUCACCGAAACCACCCUGUCCGAUUCCUUCUCCAUCCGGGAGUCGCUGUUUGCGACGCGUGAGAAAGCUCGCAACAUUCUGCGCGCCCAGCAGGACCGCACGGCACACACACUCCGCAAACGGAUCUUCGAAACGCAGCGAGCCCGGAACGAGCUCGAGUAUCAGCUCGGGAAGAUGAAGGAAGAGAUGGCCAAAUGUCUCCGGGAGAUCGAAACACUCGAGCGAGCGCACGAUCAGAAGACGGAAGCCCUCAAGGUGGUGGAAACACGGCUCGAAAACCGUGCCCAACGGUCCGGGAUGGAACUGUGCAUCGACGAAUCCUACCACGGGCUGUGCGAUGAGGUGCAGAAGCUUCGCGACACGAUCAAAACACUGCGCGCCAAGAUCGACGCCACCAAGACGACGUACAACUCGCUGCGGGACCAUGCGAACAAGAUCGAUCAGGAUCUGCAGAACAAGCAGCACUCGCUGAUGACCGACAUCCGGGCGCUGGACCUGCGCGGCCGGCUAAAGACUGGCGAGUUUGGGGGCCUGGCAACGCAAACCGAUCGCAACAUACAUCUGUCCCGCGUGGAGGAUGAAAUUCCCAAAGCAUAAGGGAAUCGACCACUCUAUUAGAGCCGCUUGCGUCCGAAAUUAUUGCGUCAUAGAAAAUUGGAAGCAAUCAAUAAGCUUUAUCGCUCGCACUGAGUUUUAGUUCUGGUUGUUGCUCCAGCAACGCUCGUUAUGCUUUUCACACUUGCCACUGCACCUAACAGCUUUCCAGGCACGGACCAUGUGAAAGUGAACUUUGUUUAGCGCACCUGAAGCCCGACCAAUAAAGAGCGAAAUGAAACAGUGAACAUAGUCCACAUGAGCAGGCGGCGCUGCUACUUGCUGGCGAAUUUGACAGCGUACAACAAGCGUUCGAGCUAACAGCGCCAGAAGGAGAAAAACUGCAUAAUAAAAUCACGUUUCCUUUUACAUCCACA